CAGCUCCUGAUGGAGGAGCACAACGCUCCCAGCGAGGUGCCGGCAGCCCUAAAGCGCCUGGCCAAAUACAUAGUGCGUGGUUUCUAUGGUGUGGAGUGCUCCCUGGCCCUGGAUGUGCUGAUCCGCUACCCCUGUGUGAAAGAGGAGGACUUGUUACAGCUGCUCAAGUACGAGCGUAAGCAACUGCGCACUGCCCUCAACGCGCUCAAGGCGGACAAGCUGGUGAAGCUGCGGAUGCGAGUUGAAACGGGGCCCAACGGCAAGAGCAUGAGGCACAAUUACUACUACAUCAAUUACAAGGUGCUGGUGGAUGUGGUAAAAUACAAACUGGAUCAUGUACGCCGGAAAAUAGAAGCAGAUGAGCGGGAUUCAACGACCAGAUCCUCUUUUAAAUGUCCAUCUUGCUCUAGCACGUACACGGACCUUGAAGUCAAUCAGCUCUUUGAUGCAUUUACAGAGACUUUUCGCUGCACUUACUGCAACACCGAAGUAGAGGAAGAUGGCUCAGCAUUUCCAAAGCACGACACUCGAACAUUGCUGGCGAAGUUCAAUGAGCAGAUCGAGCCUGUCUUUGUGCUGUUGCGUGAGACCGAAGAUAUUGUGCUGCCCUAUGACUUGCUGGAGCCUCAGCCAACAGAAAUACCAGAAUUAUCAGAAAGCUUUGAUCUGAAGUUGGACUCAAGUGUGCUGGAAUCCUGCAGCCACCCUGAAAAACGGGCACACAGAAGUUCUACUUUUGGCCUUACAUACACCCAAAACUUAACUAUUGAUAUCCAAGACUCAAAGCACGAGAAGAAAAGAAGAGACAAAGCAACUGAAAAGCAACCUAUCUGGUUGUCACAGAGCACUGUGGAAGGAGCAGCAACAGCCACCAACAAUAGUGUUGGAGUAAAUGCUUCUGAAGAAACUGAAGAAAAUGUUAAAGAAAGUGUCACUGAUAAUGAAAUCAUCAAGACUCUUCUGAUCCAUGAAUCCAAGUCAUCAUCUAGCACAGUCCAGGCUCCUAUUGUGAAAAGCAAACUCCAUGGAUCACACAGUGAUAGCAGUGAGUUUGAAGAGGAUGCCAAGCACUCAAGAGGAGAAGGAAUGAAAGUAGCAGGCAGCAACUUUGAACAAGAGGAGGAACAGGAAACUCUGGGUCCGAUUUUAAUGGUAGCUGGCCAGCCCUGUUCAUAUGGCCAAGUUAGUGAAAACCCAGAGCUUGUGUCUCUCAUGACAAAUGAAGAGAGAGACACUUAUAUAAAAGUAGGACAAGAAAUGUUCCAGUCUGUCUUUGAGUAACUACUACUGUAGUAAUAUCCAACCUUGUACAGAAUGGAUGAAGGCUUCUGACUUAUGUUCUUCAAAGUUUACCACUGAAGGGUUUUGUCUGAACUUGCUCUUAAGCAAGAUGGUAAUCCUGUAGUAGGUAACUACAGUUCAAACAUUAUCAUUGCAGCCACAGCAAGUGUUGUUUGUUGUUGUAAUGCUUAGACUUUGUGGAUGAUGUAAUUAGUUUUGGAGCAUGAAUCAUUUUGGGAUACAUUUGGAUCUGAUUAAAAUAACAUUUAAAAAGCAGUGAUGCAAUCUAUAAUAAGAAAUAAAUUAUUCCACCUCUCUCCCAGAAGUAACAGUUACUUCCAGUAGUGAAAAUGAGUUCAAAUUCAGUAUGAGCUGGUUUCAUUCCAUAUGUGUGUUCCACUGGUGUGUUAGGUCACUCACUGUUCAACAGUAAAGGACAGGUGUCACACAGCAACCUCCUUCUAAGGGAAGAGCUGCUACUGAAUUGCAUUAGCAAUAGAUGAGAAGCAACUUUGGCCUCUGAACUUUCAUCCUAUGAAUAAUUUUUCCAAUUCUUCAUAGGCAGGGCACUAUAGAACUGUCUUGAAUGGUGAACUGUGCAAAGGGCACUGGACAGUAAAAUGUAGCAUUUCAUUUGGGUCCAGAUCAGUAAGGGAGCAAGCAAUGUAUCAAGCACAAGACUCUGCUUCUCCCAUCUCACUCCCAUACUCCUCCGUGUCCUUUUUAAGCAAGAAACAAAUUCUGCUUGAACUGAACUACAUGAGUACAAGGACUGGCAUUACGCAUAAGUGAGAGUUUAACUUAAUGAGCAGUUCUGCUACUUGAGCAAGCGCUAAUGAAAGUAGACUACAAGAGCACAAAGUAAAACAGAGGAAGGUCCCUCUGAAUGUUAGGAAACACUUCUCUAUAAGGGUAACACUGGCACAGGUUGCCCAGAGAGGUGGUAAUCUCCCACCAGGAAGCUACUCAAACACCACGUGGGCAAACAGCUCUGAGUGGCUCUGCUGGCACAAGAUGACUUUGAGAGGUCCCUGCUGACCAUUCCAUGAUGAAACAGUAGAGAGAAGGUAUGACCAAAGAAAUACAAUUUCAAUGCAUUUUGCAUGUACACAUACUGUUGGUUCUGACAGGUAAUUUUCUGUUCAGUAGCUGGUGUGGGGCUGUUUUGAAUCUAUGCUGAAAAUAAGUGUUGAUACCUCAGGGCUGUUUUCCUUAUUGCUGAGCAGCACUUGCACACAGUCCAGACUGCUUUAUCACCCUGUGCCCCCAGCGAGAAGGCUGGGGAUGCACAGCUUGGAGGGGAUGCCACCAGGACACCAACCAAAGGGCUAUCCCAUAUCAUAGGGCAUCAUGAGCAUAUUGAGCUCAAAGAAGAAGGAACAGGGAACAGCUGGAGUAAUGGCAUUUGUCUUCUCAAGUCCUUGUUAUGCAUCAUGGAGCCCUGUUUUCCUGAAGGUGGCUUAAUAACUGCUUGCCAUUUUGCUUUGCUUGCAUGUGUAGCUUUUGCUUUACCUACUAAUCUUUCUUUCAACUACAAAUUAUUUUGUUUCCACUCUUCCACUUCUCUCUCUGAGCCCACUGGCUGGGGAGUGAGCAAUCAGCUGCUUGGUGCGCAGUUGCUGGCUGGGGUUAAACCCAUCAUUACAGCGCAAGAAUUCAGGAAUGGGUUGUGCUCAGGCUCUUUUUUAAGCUUAGAAUUUAAUGAUUCAACAGAUAAACUAGCCGUAUUCCAAAACUGCACAUAUAAUCUCACUCUGCUUUAUAAAAAGUGUCCUCUUUUAGGUCUGAGUCAUUCUUGUGCUUAAUUAGCAAUUAGAAGUUUGACUGUUUCAGUUUCACAGGUCUGCCUUUGUCACAAUGUAGUUCCUUGGUCCUCAAAAUGGUAACUUUUUUCUGCCUACAGUAGUACCACCAGUGUAAAGCCGGCAGAGUAACUAAACUAUCAUAAAACGUUUUGCUAAUCUACUUUCAUUCUUGCACAUGAGAGGCAUGUAACCAUAAUCUGCCAAUUCAAAAUUUGUUCAUAAAACCUAGAGACACUCCAAACAAACUAGAAAAAAAUCACAGAAGAAUUACAAUCUCAUUUUAUUUCAACUUCAAGCAUAUUUAGGCUUCACCAUCACUAUACUGUCUCCCACAGUAUAUAGCCAUAUUAUCAUACUAACCUGAAAAGCAACACAAUCCUGAAUUAAAUAUAACCAGUGCUUUUUAACUACUUUCAGAAAAGCCUUGUGUCUAAGGUAAACAGGAUCUUUAUAAUGUAGCAGAUGUGCUGAAUAAGCUUCUUCUAGCUCAGUUUUAUGACUAAAUGUUAUUAGCAACUCUGACCUGAAAAAC